AUGUCCCGAACCGAUUCUCCUAUAAUCCCUCUGCACAACGACCCACGGCCCUCGACCCCUUCUGCGCAUCUGCAGCCUCCGCCCGACAACAAUGGCAGGGGACAUUCGAGAAGCGUCAGUCGGGUCAAGAUCCCAGGCCAGCAGUCGGUGACCGCUCAGCACGCGACCCUCACUCCAGACCAAGUCGCAGAGAAACAUUCUACUUCUCUAAUCCAUGGCUUGCACCCGUCGGACGCUUCCACGCGGCUACAUGUGCAGGGACCAAAUGAGCUGCCACAGGAAGAGCCAGAGCCGCUAUGGCUGCGGUUUGUCAAGCAGUUCAAGGAGACUCUCAUCCUGCUGUUACUGGCAAGCGCGGCGAUCUCAGCUAUUAUGGGUAACUUUGAGGACGCAAUAUCAAUAGCCAUUGCUGUCACUAUCGUCGUGACAGUGGCCUUUGUGCAGGAGUACAGGAGUGAGAAGAGCUUGGAAGCGUUGAAUUCGCUGGUGCCUCAUUAUGCGCACGUGAUACGGACAGCUGCGGACGAACACAGGCGAGCAUCUGGGUCAGUGGAGAAUGGCGAAGCAAAGGGGCCAGGGAACAGCGAUCUGCCGGCAGCUGAGAAGGCCAGCACGACUAUAUCUGCUUCUCAGAUCGUGACUGGAGAUCUGGUCAUGUUUCACACCGGCGACAGGAUACCGGCUGACAUUCGUAUAACGCAUGCGGCAGAUCUGAGCAUCGAUGAGAGCAAUCUUACCGGGGAGAAUGAGCCUGUGGGAAAGAGCGCAGAUACCAUCUCAGUAGGGACGUACAUGAACGGCAGUACCGAUGCAGCAACGCUGGAAUCGAGCAGGCUGGGAGCGAAUGGAGAGAUCAGGCUGAACGAUCAGACAAACAUCGCUUUCCAGGGAACACUGGUACGCUCGGGAUAUGGACAGGGUGUCGUCAUUGGGACUGGCGGCGACACGGAGUUUGGCGCAAUCAGUGCCUCACUACAGGAGAUCGAGUCGCCGAGAACGCCAUUACAGCAAAGCAUGGAUCGCUUGGGUAAGGACCUCAGCUACAUGUCUUUUGGCGUCAUCGGCUUGAUCAUGCUGGUUGGACUCUGGCGAGGCAUGAAGUUCCUAGAGCUUUUCCAAAUCGGUGUCUCUUUGGCUGUUGCAGCCAUUCCAGAGGGUCUGCCUAUCAUUGUGACAGUGACACUCGCUCUGGGCGUACUGCGAAUGAGCAAACGAAAUGCGAUUGUCCGGCGACUUCCGUCCGUGGAGACGCUAGGUUCAGUGAAUGUCGUCUGCUCGGACAAGACAGGCACACUUACUGUCAACCACAUGACGGCGACCAAGAUGUGGAGCUUUGGCCACGAUCAGCCCCAGGAUGUGACGAAAGUUCAGAGUGACUCUCCCAACGGUGCGACCACCCAAGCAGUCCUGAGGACAACCAACAUCGUCAACAACGGACGACUUAACACACACAGUCACGGCCCUGUCACUGCAGCCAGUGCGGCAGUCCUAGCGAAUACAGGUGGUGCUGACGACCUGGCAAAUGCUAAGAGUCGGUGGGCAGGUCAGCCAACGGAUGUUGCCCUUCUGGACCUCCUGGACACUUUCCACGAAGAUGACGUACGUGCCCGAAUUGGAGAACGUAAACAUGAAGUAGCCUUCUCAAGCGAACGCAAAUGGAUGGGAGUGAUUGUUGGAGGCAUGGAUGGUGACGACACUGCGUAUAUCAAGGGUGCACUGGAGAGAGUCAUCAGCAGAUGUGACACCUACAUCUCAACGCAAGGCGGAGAGGUGGUUCUGGAUGAAAGAAGAAGGCAAGAGGUGGACCAAGCUGCACGGCAGAUGGCCGAAGAGGGUCUCCGUGUUCUUGCAUUUGCCUCUGGACCAGUUCGAGUGAGAGCAAGUCGAGAUGUUAGCAAAAGCCGCUCCGUAGGGGAGUCCCGCUCUUCCACACCUGCGUCUAUGCUGGGACGUUCUGCUACGAAUCAACUGAGCGAAGACACUUACAACGGACUAUGUUUUGCUGGUCUCGUCGGCAUGUCUGACCCGCCUCGGAAAGGAGUCGACAGAUCGAUUCGACGGCUUAUGGCUGGUGGUGUCAAGGUGAUCAUGAUCACUGGUGAUGCCGAGACCACUGCCAUUGCCAUCGCAAAGAAGCUGGGUAUGCCUGUCAACAUGUCGUCAGCCAUUGGUUCUCCCGUUUUGCGAGGAGACCAGGUGGAUCAAAUGAGUGAAGCUGAGCUUGCCGAAGCGAUGACACGGAUAUCCAUCUUUGCACGAACCAGCCCAGAUCACAAGCUAAAGAUCAUCAGCGCACUACAAAAGCGCGGAGACGUGGUCGCUAUGACUGGAGACGGCGUCAACGAUGCCCCAGCGCUGAAGAAAGCAGACAUUGGCAUCAGCAUGGGCAAGUUGGGGACUGACGUCGCCAAGGAGGCAGCCGACAUGAUUUUGACAGACGACGACUUCAGCACCAUCCUCAGCGCCAUUGAAGAAGGCAAAGGCAUCUUCUACAACAUCCAAAACUUCCUCACAUUCCAGCUGAGCACUAGUGUGGCGGCAUUGGGGCUGGUGAUGAUGAGUUCGCUGGGAGGGUGGAAGAACCCCCUGAAUGCUAUGCAAAUCCUCUGGAUCAACAUCCUGAUGGACGGCCCACCCGCACAAUCCCUCGGCGUCGAACCCGUCGACCCAGCCCUCCUAACGCAACCCCCUCGCCCGCGCAACGCCCGCGUCCUCACCCCGCGCCUCAUCCGCCGCGUCCUCCAAUCCGCCAUCAUCAUCCUCCUCGGAACCCUCUUCACCUACGUCUCCAACCUCACGCCCUCCGACCUCGUCGCGCACAGCGUCUCCGCCCGCGACACGACCCUCACCUUCACGCAAUUCGUCCUCUUCGACAUGUUCAACGCCCUGACCUGCCGCUCCGCGUCGAAAUCCGUCCUGCUCGGCGAAGUCCCCAUCUUCGACGGGGACAAAGCCGAGGGGAACAAGAUGUUCAAUUACGCCGUUCUGGGCAGUUUGUUGGGUCAAGGGCUCGUGAUAUAUUUCCCGCCGCUGCAGAGCGUGUUUCAGACGGAGGCGUUGGGGGCGUUGGAUCUUGUUAGAUUGGUUGCGAUGGCGAGUUUGGUGCUUUGGGUUGAUGAGGGGCGGAAGUGGUGGGAGAGGAGGAGGAGGGCGGGGAUGGUCGGCGGUGGGUAUAGUCGGAUUGUGUAA